UAUAAAACUGCCUAUAAUAUUGUAAGUACUAUUGAACUAGUAUUAGAAGAAUUUGGUAUUAGCGGAAGCAAACUGGUAAGUAUUACUAUGGAUAAUGGUUCAAAUGUUAAAGCAGCUGUUGCACAACUUUCAAAUAAAAUUUCACCAUCAAAGCCUAUUGUCAACAUCUUCUGUGCAGCAUAUACAUUACAAUUGAAAAAAAAGUGUAAACAACUACAAGCUGCUCAAAUAAGUACUAGCAAAAAAAAAUCUGAAACUAUUGAUGUAAUUCAAGACGUGGAGAUCAGAUGGAACUCGACCUAUAUAGCACUAAAAAGACUUAUAAAACUUGAAAGGCCAAUUAGGUGGUUAGUUAAUGAUCUCGAAAAUUCUUCAAAUAUUGAACACCAACAUGAUGGUAGUAAUAUUCGAGACAAGAUGCUUUCUAAUAAAGAGUUUCAAAUUAUACAUGACCUUGUUGAUCUUUUAUAUCCAUUUGAUAAAGCGACUGAGAUUUUAUCGGGUUCUAAUUAUGCUACUUUGUGUAUUAUGAUACCAACAAUUGAGGAAUUGAUUAAUCAUUUAAAUCAGACAAAUAGUGAAUCUGAUAUUAUAAAUGAAGUAAAAGAUACCAUUCUUGAUAAUUUAUCAAGCAGAUGGUCAUCACCACAUGAAUAUGGCUCAUAUACAUCUUUUCUUGAUCCAAGGUUCAAAAACCUAUCCUUUUGCUCUAGUUCAUUACAAAGACAAACCAUUGAAGAACUAAAAGAUCAAUUUAAUGAGCUAAAUAGGCAAAUUAAUCAAGCAACAACUUCUAAUACAAGUUCAACAGAACAAACUACAAAAAAAAAAUCUGCUAUGAAAA